AUGACAGAAAAAGAGAUUCUUGAGCCAUCCGGUUCGCCUAUAUCUAUAAGGGGGAAAUCUCCAGAAGGGUUGCAGAAGCUAAAGCAGUUUUUCCAACGCAAGCCCAUGGAGGAGGAGCCUACCACAGAGGAGCCACAAGCCAAUGGGGAGCUGGUCAGCCCUACCGGGGGAACCAUCUACUACUAUGAGGAAGUGGAGGAGGAGGAGGAAGAGCCUGAGCCACCAGCUGAGCCGGAAAAACCAGUUAACGAUAAACCUCACAAAUUCAAGGAUCACUACUUCAAGAAGCCGAAGUUUUGUGAUGUCUGUGCCCGCAUGAUUGUCCUCAACAACAAAUAUGGCUUGAAAUGCAAAAACUGCAAGACUCACAUCCAUCAUCACUGCCAAAGUUAUGUGGAAUUUCAGCGCUGCUUUGGCAAGAUACCUCCAGGUUUCCGCCGGGCUUACAGCUCUCCAUUGUACAGUGCCCAACAACUCUCAGGUGGUAACCGAAAUGAUCCUGUCUUCGAUACCCUGCGGUCGGGAGUUAUCAUGGCGAACAAGGAGCGCAAGAAAGGACAGGAUAACAAAAAAAAACGUAGGAAGCCACCUUUGGCUGCCAUGAUGGAAGAAGAAACAGAUGCCCCCAAACCAGAAAGUGACAAACCGGAGGGAGGAAAACCAGAAGGACAGAAAGCAGAGAAGAAUGCCCCGGAUGACAAGAAGCAGCAAACUGGUUUCCCACAGUCUCACUACUUUAUUGCACUCUAUCGCUUCAAAGCCUUGGAGAAGGAUGACUUGGAUUUUCACCCUGGGGACAAAGUUGCAAUUGUUGACGACUCCAAUGAAGAAUGGUGGCGGGGGAAGAAAAUUGGACAGAUUGGAGACAAAAUUGGAUACUUUCCACCAAACUUUAUUAUCCGAGUCCGUGCAGGAGAACGCGUGCAUAAGGUCAUGAGGUCUUUUGUGGGCAACAAAGAAAUUGGUCAGAUUACAUUAAAAAAGGAUCAGAUUGUGGUACAGAAAGGAGAGGAGCUGAAUGGGUAUGUCAAAGUCUACACUGGCCGCAAAGUGGGACUCUUCCCCGUGGACUUCUUGCAGGAGAUCUGA